GUUGCUACCUCAGAGUGCUCUCCCUUCGUUAACGUGGUGAUACAAAUAAUAAUGCGGGUUUAUUUUCAGUGGAAACAGUAAUAAAAAAUGUCAACUUUUAAAUUUAAUUUUCUGCCGUCAGCCGAAGAUCAUGACUUAACCAGAGAAACAUUAUCAGAGAAUUUGCAUGACGAUGGGUGCCCCGCUGAUGACACAGACAACUUGGCCUGUGAACUGCAACUGCCUUCAUCUAAAAUUGAAGCAAAGGGACUUGACACAGCAGAGUUUUAUUUCAAAGGCCAUCAUUUACAAAUUCUUUCUGGUCCUUCAGUGGAAGACCAUUUGCUGAACAGUUCAGCGCUAUCUUCUUUAGCUCUAAAAAAUGCCAUUGCUCGACACUCAGAUCUGGAGGCUGGGAAGUAUGAAGGUGGGCUGAAGCUUUGGGAAUGUGCUGUUGAUUUGUGCCAGUAUCUGGAGGAGUGUGACAUUUCGAUGCCCGGGUGCUCAGUUCUGGAAUUAGGAUGUGGUGGAGGACUUCCAGGAAUUCUGGCAGCCAAGAUGGGAGCAGACAUCGUUCACUUCCAAGACUUUAAUAAGGAUGUGCUGGAGGUCUAUACAAUGCCAAAUAUUCUCCUCAAUUUUGUAGAUACUUGUAAAUUUUCCUUCUUUUCUGGAGACUGGAGCAGCUUUGCAUCAUUAGCUUUAGAGAAAAAUCUCAGGUAUGACGUUAUAUUGACAUCUGAGACUAUCUACAAUACAGCAUCCUAUCCUAAACUACAUAAAGUCUUCACGUCUGUCUUGAAAAAGACAGGGAUUAUUCUCCUAGCUGCCAAGAGUGUAUAUUUUGGAGUGGGAGGAGGUGUUGACAGUUUUAUCAAGUUUGUGGAUGAAAGACAACAAUUUAAAGCAGAUAUUAUUAGAAAUCUCGACAAAGGUGUUUUCCGGAAGAUUCUACACCUACGGUGGAUCUGAAAAGAAGUUUUGCCUUUCAAAAGUCUUUCACAACCAUGUACCACUGAAUAAAUUUGAAAAGAAAUUUUC